AUGUCGGCCCGUGAAUUCAAAGUACCAAAUUUGAAUGAUGUGAAGAUGAUCGUUCACAGUAAAUUCGGUAUCACCCCCUGUGCUACUUGGCAACUUCAGUCGGCUUUGCAUCAGCUUGAGAAGAAGAAUGUCUUUACUAUUUCUCCAACUGGCUCAGGCAAAACGUUCAUGUUCUGGAUCCCCCUUCUAUUCAACAACAACGGAAUUAUCCUCAUAGUGACACCUCUGAAUAUUCUUGGUGAGAAAACUCAUAACGAAGCAAAAACGCUGGGCUUCCCGGCCUACAAUCUUUCUACAGAAAAUGCUACCGAUGAAGCUUUCAAUGAGUCUGAUCUGUACCCUAGAAUUUGUUACAGUGCCGCGUCACGGUCGCGUCACGGCCGCGUCAAUUUCACCUGGCCCUACAGUAAUUAUUAGGCACAAUUAAUAGCCUGCCUCCGACUCCGACGACACAACUUGAAGUUGCACAUGAUCUAACACUUUUGAAAUGCCAUGCAAUUUCAUUUUCCAAAUCCGAGUCUCACGUCCUUUCAUCCAUCUCCAGGAUGAAUACAGAGAAGAACGAGCAAGGAGGUUUCUAUCAGCAAAGUUCUAAGGGGCUGCUUCCGCACCCUCUAGGUCUAGUUCAAGCCCGGAGGCAUUCAAGGGGGCCUGCCUUUCGCAAGUUUCUCGUUUUUGGAAGCUUCACCCUUAUCUGUUUUCUACUCUACAAGGCUCACUCUAUCUCUUGCUUCCAUGGUUUGAAG